ACAAUGACUGCGUCAGUGACAAACUCAUCAAUAAUCACACCAGAUCCCACUGUUUUGAAGCUGGACAAUGGUACCAUUAUUAAAUUAGAUUCAAGUAAAUCGUCUAGGGGUGAUUUUGAUUCAAUCCCAAUCAUUGAUUUGGAGAAGAUGUAUUCGGAUAAUUAUGAUGACAGGCUUGCUUUAUCCAAAGAAUUAUUUGAUGCUUGUUCCAAUGUUGGAUUCUUUUAUGCAAAGAACCAUGGUAUUCCUGAAGAUAUUGUUGAUAACACCUUCAACUGGAGUAAAAAAUUCUUUCAUGAACAAACUACAGAUGAAAAAAUGAAGGUAUUUACUGGUUUACUAGAGGAUGAAAACUAUCAAGGGUACCAUCCAUUUGGUAAAUUUACAUUCGAUGCUGGAAAUAGAAGACAGCCAGAUUUAAUGGAGGCAUUUAAUUUUACUUAUGAGCGUGAACAAGACCCAGCUCAGCCACCUCCAUCUGAUGAUUGUGUUGCAUUUGAGAAUAUAUGGCCUGAAAAUUUUCCAGGGUUCAAAGAAAACAUGUUCAAGUAUCACGCAGAAUGCUUGAAGAUUGCUAGAAAAUUGAUAAGAAUCCUUGCUUUGUCAUUGGGACUUGAGGAAGAUUAUUUCGAUAAAUACGUCACAUAUCCUGCUGCUAGUAUGAGGAUACUUCAUUAUCCUGUGCAAGAACACAGUGAAGAUGAUCAAAAUGGUAUUGGAGCUCAUACUGACUUUGAAUAUUCACCAUGUGGGAAAUGGAUCCAAGCUCCUCCAAUUUCUGGAUGUCUAGUUGUCAAUAUAGCAGAUUGCUUAAUGAGAAUGACAAACAACACUUUUGUGUCCACUGUGCAUCGUGUCGUUAAUAACUCUGGUGAUAAACGUUAUUCAAUUCCUUUCUUCUUUGGAUUCAAUCAAUCCAUGAUGAUGGAUCCUAUACCCACUUGUGUCUCAGAGGCCAAUCCUUACAGGUACAAAGUGAAGUCCAUCAAAGAAUAUCUGGUUUUCAGAGCUAUAACUUCUAAAAAGAAGAAGGAGAAAGGUUAUGGAUACUGA